GACUGGUAUUGCAAGGGUACCACUUGCUGGAGCUUCUGGGGGCCCAGGUAUGGGCAGAGCUGCAGGGAGAGGAGUACCAGCUGGAGCACCAAUGCCACAGGCACCAGCAGGACUAGCUGGUCCUGUCAGAGGAGUGGGUGGACCUUCCCAGCAGGUGAUGACUCCACAGAGUCGUGGCGCAGUAGCUGCUGCAGCAGCAGCUGCAACUUCUAGUAUUGCAGGAGCCCCUACACAGUAUCAGCCAGGUCGAAUGGCUCCUUUGCCUCCAAUGGCCAGAACGACAACUGCCCCUCCACCAGGAAUGAUGGGACCACCUAUUGGAAUGAGGCCACCAAUGGCCCCACCUAUGGGACCACCACCUGGUCGAACAUCAAUGGGAAUGCCUCCCCCAGGGAUGAGACCACCAAUGCCAGGGAUGAGUGCUCUACCUCCA